UCAGUUGGUGAUAGUGUUCGGAAGCGGAAACAUUGGUGCUUUCCAAUAAGUGUCACUGGCUCGUUGCUCUACGCAAGUGAGGAUGUGUUGCGUCUCUUCCAAGAAGAGAGAGAGUGCUUAAUGGCGUGACAUUUUGUGUUAUUUAGGAUUUCCCUCGUAUUGCAUCGAUAGAAUAAGUAAUUUAAAAUUUGCCAACGUGUAAUGGAAUGCAACUUUGGUGCGGAGGAAGCGUCCGUGACAGAGUGUUUCUACUGAGUGCUGCAGUGCAAAGCGAAGUGAACCGUUAAGCGACCCAUUACCAUGUACAUCAAAUCUGGCCACCGAUUUCUCAGCGAUAAAGGCCAAAUAAUUUUCCCCGGACCGCCGACCCGCUCGCCAGCGUUGUACUAUCAGCCAAGCACGACGACUACAACCACCACUACCAGCACGACCACGAUGGCUUCGCUGCCGGAAUCGGGAGUUAGUGAUGAGAAUGGCAACUAUAUAGUGCCGGAUAUGUGGCAAAGCAAAUCGAGCUCCGGAUCAGACAUGCUGUCGGAUAAAAUACAGAUGUUCUACAUCUACAUCACCGUCACAAUUACGUCCGUCUUCAUCAUAGUGGUGCUUGGCAUUUUCGGGUACAUGUGCUACAAGAGGAAAGGAUUUCAGAACAUCGAUGGCCCACAGGCACCGAUCGAAACGACGAGGCGAAGAAGCAGCACUCACAGAUCCACCCGUCGGUAUUCGAGAAACAUUUCUAAAGAACGUGAAGCUGCUGCUUGUCCAGCCAUCGCCGAGGACAAUCCCGGGCAAACGUUACUCCGGUGAAGUGCCGGAAUGCGGUGCUUACAAAUGAUUGUAUUUUUGUUAAAUUUUUGACUUGGUUUCGUAGAGUUAAGCGACAACAUAUACUAUCUACACGAAUGCAAUAAAUUAGUGAUAUUUUC